UUCUCACAUCCGGGAAAGAAUCUUCUAUUUUUCAUUCUCUUCAUUUUCUGAGAGAGGGUUAUUUGUUAUUGUAUAUGCAUUUAGUGGAUGUUACAGGGAGAAAAUAACACCGGUUGAGAUAUGUCAAAAUAAGGCUGCAUUUGGAGAAAGUAAACUAGCACUCGACGUCCUGUUGUGAAUUACAGUUGAACCAGACAGAAGCAGGCAGCCGACGUCAUUAUCCAUUUGAACUGUAUCGGACCGAAAAUGGCCACGUUAAAACAACAAGAUACUCUGAUGGAAUGCUUGAGUUGCAGCCAUCUUAAGACCGCAGAAAUUUGGAUUGCGCUUGAGCCGUUAGUGUCUACAGAAAAUGAGAUUUCAAUCUACAGACUUGAAUCUAUCGCAGGAUGCUAUGAGUGCACAAUAUCAGGGCUGCGCUGGGUAUGUGAGAGCAAAGUCACACUUCUGUACCACUUCAGCUCUUGGGAUCCUCACAGGGCAUUGCUACAAAGCAUGGGGUACAGGCAAGCAGGCCCCCUACUGGACAUCAAAAUCAUUGAAGGAAAACUGAAAGAAGUGCAUCUGCCACAUUUUGCCUGUUUUGGUGCACGGGUUGGAGAUUGUUAUGAUCCCUCUAUAAAGCAGAAAGUGAGAGUUCUUCAUGUAGAAGGCAGUGGUGUGUCCAUAGAACAAGUGGAUAAGGUCACCCGCUUCCAUGUCAAGAUUCUCCAUCCAUCUUUCUCUCUGAGAGGUGUUAUCCUGCAGGCAUUAGGGUGUUCCGUGCACUGUGACUUGCAGAUCUACCGAGCCAGGACAGCACACCUCACGCUACAUGCUUAUCUGAUGCCAUGUGAUCCUGCACUAACACAGGCAGUGGAGAAACAGGAGAAGUGUCAUGGAUCCACAAGGAUCCUAAAACCAAGACCAGAGAAGUCCCAAUGGUUGACUAGUGAUUUCUACCUCACAACAUCCUGUCCUUCUGAUGUUAACCCUCGUAGAUUGGAGCUCGCAUAUGUUGACCCACCAAACUUCUUUGAGGUGUUUAUAAGAGACGCAGUUUUAGACUUCAGUCUGAACCUAAGCUGUAAAAGUCGUAAACAAACCAUAUGGAACCACGAAAUACGAGCAGCUGAAUACAGGGAUUCCAUCUUGACCUCAGACCAGCACUUUGUGGACCUCCACCAGACAGCCCUGAUUGACAGAGUGAGCAAAGUCGGUCCCAUCUUGGACAGACUCCUGAAGAGUGGAGUCAUCACUGCUGAUGGCUACAGUGACGUGAUAGCUGAAAGAAAUAACCAAAGAAGAUGAGGGCGCUCUUUGAUGGGCCCUUAAAAGGGUGUGGCCCCGAAUGCAAAGAUCGGUUCUUAGAGAUCCUGACAGAGCUGGAGCCAUACCUAAUCAAUCACCUGAAGCUGGAAUGAUGAGCUAGGUUGGUGAAAGGGGGGCAUUUGAAGUUUAUUUUUUGAGCAUGAAUGAUGUCAGUUACACUUUGUUUUAUUUCUUUAUAAAAGGUGCAUAGUAUAAUUAUUUUAUAUCACUCCUUUUAUUUCUACAUGUACAGUUGGAAGUCGGAAGUUUACAUAAACAAGUUUUAAUGACUCCAACAUAAGUCUUUCAACCACUCUACAAAUUUCUUGCCAAAACUAUAGGACAUCUACUUUGUGCAUGGCACGGGUAAUUUGUCCAACAA